UCACACCACCGUUACCGCCUACUUCAUCCCACUUUUCCGCGGCCCUUUUCAGGCGGGCCCGGCCAAAACGAAGUAAUUAAAAAAUUGUGGGCCAAGAUGGCGACCGCGAUGUACCUCGAACAUUACUUGGACAGCAUAGAGAAUCUCCCUUGUGAAUUGCAGAGAAAUUUCCAGCUGAUGAGAGAUUUGGAUCAGCGAACUGAAGAUAAGAAAGCAGAAAUAGACAAACUAGCAGCAGACUACAUAGCAGAUGUUAGGAGCUUAUCAUCAGAGCAGCGGGUAGAACGCCUGAAAAAGAUCCAGAAUGCUUAUAGUAAAUGCAAAGAAUACAGCGAUGACAAAGUACAGCUAGCCAUGCAGACUUACGAAAUGGUUGAUAAGCACAUUCGCCGUCUGGAUGCUGACUUAGCAAGGUUUGAAGCUGACUUGAAAGAGAAACUUGAGACCAAUGACUAUGAGAAUCCCGUUGGAAGAGGUCUUAAAAAGGGAAGAGUCCAAAAAGAUAAGAGAGGAUCAAGGGGGCGUGGUAGGCGAGGGUCAGAUGAAGAUUCACCAAAGAAAAAGAAAAACAAGGCAAGUUCUGAUUACACAGAGUCAAUAUUGGCAGUGCACCCUUCUGAUGUCUUGGAUAUGCCGGUAGAUCCAAAUGAGCCUACAUAUUGCCUGUGUCACCAGGUUUCAUACGGAGAAAUGAUUGGUUGUGACAAUCCUGACUGUCCCAUUGAGUGGUUUCAUUUUGCCUGUGUUGACCUUACUACAAAACCAAAAGGAAAAUGGUUUUGCCCACGCUGCAUUCAAGAGAGAAAGAAAAAAUAGACUGGAGAUUUCAACAGAGCAGUUUUAAUGUAUCAGUUUUAUUAAUAUUGUUGCAAUAUUAAUCUGUCAGUUUGAUCCAUAAAUUGUUUAACCUGGCAGUUUUAUCCAGUCAGAUAUCUGUUUCUGUUUAAAAAAAAAGAAAGAAAAUGAAACAAUGUGAAUGAAACUUGAAAAACGCCGACAGAAGUUCUCAGCGAAUGUUUAACUUAAGGCUUAGUCUGCAUUGAAAAAGGAAGGCUAAUUUUAAUAUCACGUCAGAAGUUCACGUAGAGAUGUAUAUUUUAAUACAACACUGAACAUUUUUGUGUGUACAUGUGGAAUUUGAACAGUGAUUUUGAUCAUCUUUGAAACUGUGGACAGUUACAUGAGCAGUACUGAAGAAAAUGAGACUACUUUUUAUUUAGUUAAUGAAUGCAGGAACCUUCCAAAGUGGUGAUUUAGCUCAUCCUGGAAUCUAACGAGCUCUGUUUUAUUUGACUGCCUCAGAACAUUUUGGAAGGCUACUUCACUUUGAACUGUUAUCUUCUUUGGGAAAAAAAUGCGUUAAAACCAUGAUAAACUGUCUGUGGGGUAGAACUGAUUUUUUUCAGUUGAGCCGUAUGCAAACAGAAAACAAGAGGCCAGUUCUGCAUAUCAAAUUCUUUGCUGAAACAUGUUGGAAGUUCAUUUUGGAAAGGAGGUGGCUUACAGUCUUGUUUUUCACAGUAGCUGACUAGCAAUAUAUUUAUUACAGUGUUUUGUGUGAAAAUGCUUAGCUAAAAAUGUAUACUUUUUUCCGUUCUUGUCUGCAGGGAAUAUUUAAAUCACAUGAAGAUUUGAAGAAUCAUGCUAUGUCAUGUAGCGGGCUUACCUUGUUUUCUGUGUUCUUAAUCCAUAUUAAUGCACUUGUUUGUAUAGACAGGGAUCAGAAUAUAUAAAGCUACAUUUUUAUAUUUA